UGUAGUGACUCUGAUGUGAUUUGAAACACAGGCAGAUAUAACUUCCCUUAUCCCACCUUAAACGUUGUUUGUCGCUUCGGGACAGGGAGUCUAGUUAAACUGGAAGGCGACAGGAGGAUAAAAUGGUUUCGUGGAUUAUAUCCAGAGUUGUUGUGCUUCUCUUUGGCACACUUUAUCCAGCAUAUUACUCCUACAAAGCAAUCAGGACCAAGAGUGUAAAAGAAUACGUGCGAUGGAUGAUGUACUGGAUCGUGUUUGCGCUCUAUACUGUAGCCGAGACAGUCGCAGACCUCUCCAUAGCUUGGUUUCCGCUGUACUACGAGUUAAAAAUGUUUGUGGUGAUGUGGCUGGUGUCGCCGUACACCAGGGGAGCAGGUCUGAUCUUCAGAAAGUUCCUGCACCCGCUUCUGGCCUCAAGAGAAAGGGAGAUAGAUGAUUACAUCGUGCAAGCCAAAGAGAAGAGUUAUGAGACCGUCGUGAACUUUGGAAGGCAAAGCCUCAGUGUCGCUGCUGCAGUCGCCGUCACUGCUGCUGUCAAGGGACAGGGUGCCAUCAGUGAGCGUCUAAGGAGUUUUAGUAUUCCUGACCUCACCCAGGUUCCUACCGGCCAAUCAGCAUUAGGGAAACCCGUGAAGCUGACCCAGGGCUCUGAAUACGAUCAGGCAGGACACGGAGAGGAAGUAGACGGAACGUGUUCAGAGGACGACUCAUCAUUGAAGGGUCUGCGUAGAACUCAGAGUGUGAAGAUGAGUCGUGCCAAAGUUAUACGCAAAGAGUCUCGUUACGGCUCCCUGAAAAUGAAAACCAGGAGGAGGCCAGUGAUCGCUGCCAACACUUUUGAACAGCCAUGACCAAAAGAAAAACACACCAGGAACCAGCUCGCGUCAUCCAAUUAGACAAGACCACAAAACCUUUACACGAACAAGCCGAAUCUUUUUGAAUCACACUCUCGAGGACCCUCUGUAUGAACAGGACUGGUCAUUAUGUGUCACUCUGCAAAUCUUCCAUGAAAAGUCAUCAGUAACACCCACCAAACCGCCCAGGUACCAACAAGCCGAGUCACUCAGCACACACUCCAGCUGUGGUAUGAACAGAUCCGUUUAUCCUGCAACACACACCAUGGGAAACCUCUGUAUGAUGGAUGGAGGCUUAUUACACACCACAUUCCACAGCAGUAUCUGUACCAACAGGCCUGGUCAUUCUGUUACGUGCCACUGACGUCUGUGCUACAGAAGGUUUGUCGGACAUGGCCAUUUCACCUAAAAGACACCUAAAGAGCCUCUGUGAACAGUCCUGAUCAUCAACCAGUACUUUAACGUGAUGUAAAAAGCCUUACAGGGAGCCUCCAUACGGACACAGCAGAUCAUCCCUCCAUGUUAACAAGUUGUGUCAAUCGAGAACACACAGAGGAAGCCUGAACUUAAGAACCUCACGUCCGACAAACCUAACACUCACAACCGUGUCUGUAGAACAGAGGAUCAUCUUAAAAGACACCCAAAGAGACACCCAUUACAAAACAAACUAAAUCAAAGCAUGUAUCGGGAAAAUCCCUAGCAUCACAUAACGCAAAUCUGUAGUCACUGCAUGAAGAAGCUUCGUCAAUCUGUCACACACGCUUGGAGUGUCUAUAUGGACACGAUUUGUCAUUCCGUAACACACACCUAGGGAUCUUCUGUAUGAAGGGGUUUCCUAAUUCUGUAAAACACUUGAAAAUCCUCUCAAUUAAGGGGCUUUGUUAUUACGCAACACACCCGAGGAUCCUCUCAUCUUCUCCCUAUAUACAGUAUGAAUAGGCUUCUUCAUUCCAGAACAAACCCAAGGAGCUUAUAAUUAAUAGAACAGGCUUCAUCAAUAUGUAAUAAACAUCCGAGGAGUUUCUAUACGAGGAUUGUUGAUAAACACUCGUCCAGUUAGCUCCUUAACACACUCUAGAGCUUCAGUAUAAAACCUAUCACAGGUGCUUAUCAUUAAUCCCCCCUUUAAAUUCAGAUCAGCACAGGUCUAAAAUGCUGGACUGGUAUAAAACGACAUGUGUCAAACACACCAUCAUCAUACGUGACAUUGACUGACAAUUUUCUUUAUUUAUGCAGAGCUUCGUCUCUCAGACCCGUCGUUUCCCAUCUGAAGCACUUUCUUACCUAUAAUGGGACACGUUGCAUAGCAACAGCAUUUAAAUCGAUUAGAGUGUGUAUCAGAUCCGUUCAUACACCGGCACAUAAAGAUCUUAUUUAUUUACUAAUAUUUACACCCAGAACCAAAAUAGGAAAACUAGCAUGCUUGUAUUUUACAAUAAUUCACUAUGCAUUGACGAAAAAUCCAUGAAUUACUAAUCUUUAUUCACGUUUCAUGGAUAACGCUCUUUUAUUUUUUUCAUCGGUUAGCUAGUUUUAACUCGAUUGUUUUGUUGCAAUACCAAAAAAAAUGCCUUUAGUUCCUCAUUAGGGCUUAUUAAACAGUUUCAGGUGUACCGUCGUAACAUUCCUGAUAUUCAGCACUUAUCUGUUUGUCUCAAACGUGCGCAUGCGCAAGUCGCGACGCUCCACGGAUCGUUUACAAUGUAUUAUUUGUGUAUUUUUUAUGUUAUCGUGUGUUAUUGCUUAAUUUAUGGCACGUGUAGAUAAUUGAACGAUAAACACAAUAUUGUGUCACGGUCCGAGAUUCGCGCUACAUCAGACCCAUGUGCAGGAUUCAAAUUAUUUUAAUUCUUUUUAAUUCUUUUGUUUUAUUUAACCAAAAACUAACAAAUUAAACGACUCGAUACGUGAAUACUUGAAAACGUGGUCAAAAACAAAACUCAACAAGGACAGAAACAAACAGGUGUAAAUAAGGCAACGAAUAAUUAAGAACAGGUGAUAUAACGCAUGACAUGACCACAGGACACUCAACUGGGAGUAAUGAUCCACCCACCGGCGCGCCCUCUAGUGGACUGUCAGUGAAUUGUCCCAAUAGUUCAUUACAUUCAUUUCAAAACUAUGUAAUUCUCAGAUAUCCCAUAAGAACCACGCGGAAGAAAUAAAAGAAUAAAUAAUAUAACGUGUACGAACAAUGUGUACAAAUCAAAACCAUACAAAUGUAACACUAAAAAAACAGAUUGUGAAUUUCGUCAUUUUCAACUCGAGACACUUAUUGUUGUUGUUUUUUUAUUAAACAUGUACUACACAACAAAAAUUAACACAUUUCACUGGAAUCUUAUUUUAUUAAGAAGCUCAAGACAGCACCGACAUCAUCAACUGGUGUUUCACAUGCCAGCGUAAACCAGUCGAAAAUUUUUAAAGACAUGAUCUUACACCCAAACCCGUGUCGUAUCUGGACACAAAUACAGGAUCACUCAGUAAAUUAAGGGUCAGUGAACGUGGUUUUGUCCUGAUUGUUCAAAAUCAUUACAUAGUUAUUUAGUUUGAAAUUAUUGGACUGAUUAUAAACUGUACUCACACUUUUUUUUUAUUUUGUGAAGACCAAAAUACUGUAUGUUAUAUGCAAGUGUGUAAUAUUAUCUUGUUAGUGUCCAACUACAGUGUUGCACCGUUAUGUUUUUUUGCCUAACUUUCUGUCCAAUAUUCCUUUUCGGUCAAACAUUAAAACUUGGCUGUCGGACCGAGAUGCUUUUUGAAAUUA